AUGUCGUCGACACCUACUACUUCUAUCAAUCCAUCAUCAUCUCGUGUUCAAUCGGCUAAUAAAAUAGCACAAGAACAAACACCAAUAGAAAAUAACAAUGCAAUUACAGAAAAAACAUCGCGUCCACCAUCUGCAUCACAAAAAAUUGAAACUAAUAUGUCAACAACACCCGUAACUGCUACUACUGAUAAUGGUAUAUCAUCAGAUGUUCCUGCUAUCGAAAAAGAAGAACCAGUUUCAUCAACGGUAACUUCUUCAUCUGAACGUCCACAAUCAGCAGCAAAGAAUGAUCUUAUUGUUAAUCCAAUUCUUAAUUCAACAAAUGAUGAAUCAAAGACUUCAAGACCAUCUUCGGCUAAUCCAAAAGCAGCUGAAUCAUCUGUAACUGCUCCAACAAGCUCUAGACCACCCUCAGCUAAUCCAAAAACAAAUGAUUUAAGUUCACAUGGGUACACUCUUAAUACAAAUAAUUCACGACCAACAUCAGCAAGUCAGAAAAAUGCUGAAUCAACUACAGCUGCUCCGACAGGUUCCAGACCACCCUCAGCUACUCCAAAAGCAAAUGAUUUAAGUUCACAUGGGUAUACUAUUAAUACAAAUAAUUCACGACCACCUUCAGCAAGUCAAAAAGUUGCUGAACCAUCUACAACUGCUCCAAUAAAUUCCAGACCACCAUCGGCUAAUCCAAAAACAAAUGAUCUAACUUCGCAUGCAAAUACUAUUGAUACAAAUAAUUCACGACCAACAUCAGCAAGUCAAAAAAAUCUUGAAUCAACUACAGUUGCUUCAACAAGUCCAAGACCAUCAUCAGCUAGCCAGAAUACAGAUACAACAAAAUUAAACAAUUCAAGUAAUACUCCUGCUUCGACCAAUUCUCGACCACCAUCAGCCAGUCAAAAAACAGAUUCAAUAAAUACAAAUAAUGCUACAACUCCUCGAACAAGUUCAAGACCACCAUCGGCAAGUCAAAAACUAAAUGAAACAACUACAGAUGAAUCUGCUACCGAACAACAAAAUGAUUUAGCUCAAGUUAAUUCAAAUGAUUCGAAUAUAACACAACCAAUCAUCGGACGUCCAUCUUCAGCAGCUAAAAUGACACCAACUGAUGAAUCAAAAAUUAUGAUUACUCUUGAUACUAAUGAUUCACUUAAUACUCAAACAGAAAAUGUACCAUCAUCUAAUGAAAAUAAAUCUGUCGAACCUAUUUCAACGACACCACGUAUUGGUUCAGCUUCAAAAAAUCUUCAAACAUCAACAACAACAGAAAAUAAUAGUUGA